GCCCCUCCGAGAGCUGGGCACGCUUAGUGCACCACACCGCACCGCAACCCUCUUCCUCACACCACCACCAUGCAGCUCUCCUUUGCCCUCCUGCUGCUCGGCUCGUCGGCGCUCGCCGCCUCGCUGCCCCGCCGCGCGUGCGAUGCGACUUGCAAGCGCGCUGGCGCCGACGCCUACAUCAAGGCGCUCACGACGCACAGCAAGGCCGACGCCGAUGCCGUGCCACUCACCGACGACGUCAAGCGCUUCGAGACGUUCAACGGCAUCGGGCCCUUCCAGACGUCCUUCUCGGCGACGGACAUGCGCCUCGGCCUGCAGUUCGGCGCCUCGGCGCUCGCCUACCGCGCCUACGAGCAGGCGUACACGGCCUUCGACAACGGCACGCUGCUCGUCAACUACAAGAUCGACACGGGCUUGCUCAACGGCGCCAUCCCGAUCCCGGGCGCCAAGACACGCGUCUACGAGUACUUCCAGUACGCAGACACGCUCAUCAGCCGCAUCGACGUCUACACCCAGACGCCGGCGUGAAGCGCUGCGUAGCAGUGCGCUACGAUAUGCUACCCUCUCUUAUUGCCCUCUCUUAUCUUGCUGCCUAAUCUAUACAUGCUGCCC